GGCUGAGAUCAACAAGUAUGGCGGCCCAAACGUUUCAGCAGGAGUAUAUGCAGAUGCCCCCAAUAACAAGGGCAUAUACAACUGCAUGUGUGCUAACAACUAUUGCCGUGCAACUUGAUAUCAUCACUCCAUUCCAAAUAUACUUCAAUCCAGACCUUAUAUUCAGGAGUUAUCAGUUAUGGCGCCUGAUCACCAACUUUCUCUACUUCGGCCCCAUUGGGUUCAACUUCCUGUUCAACAUGAUAUUUGCAUAUCGUUAUUGUCGGAUGUUGGAAGAGGGUUCCUUCAGAGGCCGCACAGCCGACUUCUUCUUCAUGUUUCUCUUUGGAGGUCUUUUAAUGACUAUCAUUGCAUUGUUUGUAAAUCUAGUGUUCCUGGGAAGUGCUUUCACGAUAAUGCUGGUGUAUGUGUGGAGCCGAAGAAACCCCUACAUAAGAAUGAACUUUUUCGGGCUCAUGAACUUUCAAGCACCAUAUUUACCAUGGGUGCUUCUUGGUUUCUCGUUGUUGCUAGGCAACUCUAUAAUAGUUGAUCUUAUGGGUAAGUACAUUUAG